ACUCCUCCGCUGCCGCCGCCGAGCGGCUCCGGGGCAACUACGGGGAGGUUUUCUAUCCGGGAAAACUCCUUCUGGACUUUUUUGGGAGUAACUUGGAGUACAUUUGUGGGACUUUCUGCUGUCCCGGAGCGGUGGUGCUGCUGUACCGUUAUACCUGGCUGGCGGCUCUCUCUCCGCCUAGCGGCGCAUGGAGCCUCCUGCCUGAGUGAACCGUUAUCCGACUGUUAGAAUAAGCGGCAGAGGCGCUUCGAGCUCCUCCGCGUUUCUUACACUUUAUUUCUACACACUUUCCUGCCACUUUUCUCACCCUGGCCAACUGUUAACGCCCGCUCUGGGAGGCGGACUCGUCCCGGCGUGGCCCUGUUGAGCGCAGUUUGCAGCUUUUUUUUUUGUUUUUUUUGUUUUUUUUUGUUUUUUUGGUGGAUGAAAAUUUUAGGGCGAGGUUGCUGCGGGAUUACUUCGGUGCUAACUUGCUGCUCACUCGGCCCCGGAUGCUUCAGUUUGCGGCUCCGUGGAGGUCCAACGGUUUAGUUAGUUUGUGUUCGUGUGUCGGCGGUGGAUCGAAAACCGCCGCAGCGGAAAAACCGUGUUGUUGUUUUUAAACGUUGGCUUCGGUUGAAGCUGACUUCGGCCGGUGAUGGCCAGGAGAGAUGGGAUGUUUAUUUUAUCUCCUCCGCCCCUCCCUGCUCUAACUGCUCCACCACAUGGUCCUUCGGUUGAGGUAAGGCUCUGAAAUGUGUUGUUCAGACUCCGGCUCUGGAUUUACACAGUGUCACGAGUGGGUUUUUUUUUUCUUACUUUGUGUGACAGUUAAACAGUUAAGAAAAAUAUAGUUUUUUCCCCCCCCUGUUGUUACAAACCGCUGCCACUGCACGUGUUCCGCUGUUUGCACCUGUGAAUUCGGGUUAAAAAAUAUCUCGGAGAUAUUUUUUUUUUUGGCAAACACAUUUAUGAAUGUGAAUGUCAACUAUAUUAGUGUGUAUUUCACACACAGGAUGUUGACGCUCGUCAUCUCGCGGUGUUUGGAGUGGUUUUUAGUUGAACUCCCGACAACAUUUAAAAAAACAAAAAAACAAAACGUGACUUUAAAACGUAGGCUGCAGCGUAACUUUAAAUUUAGGCAAACCUAAGACAGCAGGCUCCCUCAUUGGACGCUUCCUCACCUGUGCCCCCCCUCCUCUACCAGCGGAUCAACCAAUUAUAAAUCAGUAAAGCCUAUCUGUUAUACACCGACACCGUUAUGAGGUGGAGGAUGUGAGAGCCAGGAGCUGGAAAGCACCUUUUCUUCCUGCUCCUCCUGCUCCUCCUGCUGCUGCUGCUGCUGCUGACGACACCGCGGUGACUGUGUUGGUCCGUGCAGGAGCCAUCACUGUCCUCACCCUCAUCGUCACCAUCCUCCUCCUCCUCCUCCUCUUCAUCAUCAGAAAGUUUACCUGAAGGAGGAUAACGGGGCUGGUGCGAUGGCCUGGAUAUAAACACAAAGAACACCUGCGGCUAACGCUCUGAACCACCGCCUUCAAACCUGAAGGCUCUGUGCGUCGUGAGGAGCCAGGAAAAAAAAAAAGAAAAAAAAAACCGUUCCAAAUGUCCACUUGUGCAGUGACAGACUUCAACAAUGGCUUGGAGGCCAGUUCAGACUCCGACGAUGAGGACAAGCUACACAUAGUGGAGGAGGACAGCCUGCAGGAGACGGAGGUCGCCACCGGUGAUGGCGCCAAGGCACAGGACAGCCACGAAUCUGCCAAGACAGAACUCCCCCAAAAUGGCUCCUGGAACGGAGUGAAAGAGGAGUAUGUGUCAGAAGAAGAAGAAGAAGAAGAGGAAGAGGAGGAGGAGGAGACAGAGAAGGAUGAACUCGUGGAGAAGAUCCUCCAGCAGGGGGACACAGCCAUCAUCUACCCCGAAGCCCCUGAUGACGAGCAGAGUCCAGUGGAGACAGGAGGUGCCGAUGAAAAUGGCACACCAGAUUCCUUCUCCCAGCUGCACACUUGCCCCUACUGCUCCCGGGGCUACAAACGCAACGCCUCACUAAAGGAGCACAUCAGGUAUCGCCAUGAGACCAGCGACAGCAACUACAGCUGCUCGCACUGUAGCUACACCUUCACCUAUCGCUCACAGCUGGAGAGGCACAUGAGCCACCACAGGGGCAACAGGGAGCAGCGUCAUAAUUCCCAGCCGACAGGAACGAUCGGAACAGGAGGGAACCGCAAGUUCAAGUGUACUGAAUGUUCCAAGGCCUUCAAAUACAAACAUCACCUGAAAGAGCAUCUGCGUAUUCACAGUGGUGAGAAACCGUACGAAUGCUCCAACUGCAAGAAGCGCUUCUCCCACUCAGGCUCCUACAGCUCCCACAUCAGCAGUAAGAAGUGUGUGAGCGCUUCACAUCCCAACGGCGUCGCCCGGACGUCGACGAAGGCCACCCCGUCUACCGCCCAGGCCGCCCCGCUGGUGAUAGCCCCGGCCCGGAUGAUUCUCAAAGAGAAGAUUGAGAGUAAACCCCUGCAGGAGCAGCUUCCUGUGACCCAGAUCAAAUCUGAACCUGUGGAAUACGCGUGCAAGCCGGCGAUGGCGGCGACGGCGGCCAGCACCAACGGGGUGGUGAACGGGGGCGCCGCGCAGCCUGCUGCGGCCGCAACUGUGCCUCCAGGCGUGGCCAUGGUGGUGCCGACGGUGGGCUUGAUGUCGCCCAUCAGCAUUAACCUGAACGACCUGCAGAACGUGCUCAAGGUGGCGAUGGAUGGGAACGUUCUCAGGCAGGUGCUGGGCUCGGCCAAUGGGCUGGUGGCGCAGGGCAAGCAGGGGAUCGUAGUGCAGCAGCCGCAGCAGCAGAUCAUCAGCCUGCCGGCGUUUGUGGAUCACGACGGCACCACCAAAAUCAUCAUAAACUACAGCAUCAGCCCGGCGCCCGCCACCGCAGCCACCACCCAAACUGAACCUGUCCUUGUCAAAAAUGCUCCGGCUCCGCCGCCCACUGUGACUAGCGCUGCUGCCGACCCCUCCCCCACAGACACGGGUAAACUCCCAACCCCAGAGGUGGCCGACCUCAGUCUUGUCAAGGAGGAGCCAGACUCUGUGGCCGUCUCGCAGGAGCCUCAGGCACCUGCACCGACAAAAAUGGAAACUGUUGACACCCCAGACUCAGCUCCGUUGCCAAAAGUCAACAGUACCAGUACAUGUUUACUAUGCGAGGACUGUCCGGAGAACCUGGAGGCGCUGCACCUCCUGCAGCACCGCAAAGCAGCUAACGGGGAGGCGGUCGACUCUGCCGCUCUGGACCCGUCGUUCGCUGCCUUGCUCAGCGAGGCGGGAGUGACUCUGGAGGAGCCGCCUGUGGACGACAUCGUCUCGCUCCUCAAGAAGUACUUUGCCUCAAACGCCAAGCCCGACGAGAAGGAGCUGGCCGAGAUCUCGGAGUCUGUUACUAUCCCGGUGGACGUCGUGAGAAAGUGGUUUGCCAAGAUGAAUUCUGGGAAAAAUGGCGGUAAAAGCUGCGGUGACACUAAAACGACAGGAACUACAUAUCGGACCUCAAAAGACACUAUUAAUGAGAACGGAGUGACGUCCAACAAGGCCUCGUCAGAGUCCGGCUGCACCUCCCCUUCAGACUCCUCAUCACUAAGCCUCAACAACGGGAGUCUGGUCGUUAUUAAAAGUGAGCCAGAAGACUCGGAGACGCCGGACUCCCAGGCAGAGCCGCUGGACCUCUCUCUUCCCAAACAGGUGGCUGCGGCACUGACCGCUAAAAUCCUCACACUUCCUGCCAAACAGGAGCAGCCUCUGAACCUGACGCAGCUGCAGGAGGAGCAGCAGCCGCAGCAGCUCGCAGGUCAGACCAUCUUCGUCACCGCGCCUCAGAACGUCAACCCAGUCAACAUCGUCACCGCCGCCCAGCUGCCCACCCUGGUGGCCGUUGCUGGCCAGGGGUCCGUGGGUUGCCUCAGUGCCAUCAACACCACCACCAAGAGAACCAUCCUCAUCCCCCAGCUGACCUACACCUACGCCACCGCCGCCGGGAACCCUUCUGGAGCAAAUACUGUGGUGCUCAACGGCCAUAAGGAAGAUAAAAGUCUGGAAACAAACAUUGAGGUCGUGGCUUCUGCGGAGGAGCACAACCACUCGGACUCGUCUUCAGCGAUGAAGCGGCGGCGGCUGGACAACGGUUGUUACCCCUGUGAUCUUUGCUCCAAGGUCUUCCAGAAGGGCAGCUCUCUGCUCAGGCACAAAUAUGAACACACAGGUAAGCGGCCCUACGAGUGCAGCAUCUGCAACAAGGCCUUCAAACACAAACACCACCUGAUCGAACACUCCAGGUUGCACUCCGGAGAGAAACCGUACCAGUGCGACAAGUGCGGCAAGCGAUUCUCCCACUCGGGCUCGUACUCCCAGCACAUGAACCACCGCUACUCCUACUGCAAGAAGGAGGGCUCCGGGUCGGGCUCCGGGUCGGGCUCCGGGUCGGGCUCAGUACAGAACAAGGCUCGACGAGAGCACAGCAGCCCCGGCGUCGGUACGCAGUCGGACAGCCGUACGACGACCCCGCCCUCCCAAGUGGACUCAGACGAGAGGGAGAGCGAGGAGGAGGACGGGGACGACGAGGAGGCCAUGUGUAUGGACGACAUUCGCGUCGUUCAGGUGGACGACGGCGAGUGUGAAAUCUACGAGGGGAACUUUGACGACGAGGAUGACGAGGAGGAGAUGGAGGAGGAAGGGGCCGAGGGCGAGAAGGUGGAGAAGGAGGAGAAGGAGGAUUCGUACGACGUGGUAGAGUUUGAGUACGAGGACAGUCAGCCGGAGGAUGAAGAAGCCGGAGAGAAAAGUGCGGCGGGAAACCAGGAAGCAACAGACGACUGUGAAACUAAUUUGGACAAAACCGUCGGGGAGGAGCCCGCUGCUGCCACGCCCACACAGGAAGCGGUGACAGGCGGCGAAUGAGAGGAAGGACGGUUGUCGACGUGCCGAUCAUUGAAGUUAAGACAUCUUGCCAUGGGAAUAGAAAGAGAAACCUGGCGGUUGCCUGACGUGAACGGUCCACCACUGUGUACAAAAAUCCCAGGUGUGCCUGAACUUGAAAACGAAAAAAAAAAAACAGCGACUUUUUUUUUUUUUUUUCCAU